CAAACACAGCUGAUAAACGGAUCAUAAAUAAAUAAAAGAAACAGAGGAAAAAAGCAAGUGGAUGAUUAAAAGAAACAUAGAAAGUGGGACUUUAGAUGAGAUCUCCAUUUUUUCCGUUUUCAGCUCAGCUAAUCCACCCAACUCCGAUCACGUACACUGCACCUGGAAUCACGAAAUUCGGACACAGCACCUUCUCCACUCUCCCCCAUUUUUCUCUCAAGAACGUUAUUCCAAUGGCUCGUUCGGCUCUGGAUGAGAUGUCGGGUACUGGGGCCUUUGUGAGGACCCCAUCCACUUUUCGUAACUUAAUUUCAAGGGAACCCGAUUCUCCUUUCCCAGCCGAGCCCGGAAGAUACCAUCUGUACGUGUCGUAUGCUUGUCCUUGGGCAUCAAGGUGCCUCGCGUACCUUAAAAUCAAAGGGCUCGACAAAGCUAUCAGUUUCAGUUCGGUUAAACCGAUAUGGGGACGAACAAAGGAUACAGACGAGCACAUGGGAUGGGUUUUCCCAGAUUCGGAUACUGAGGAACCGGGUGCCGAGCCAGAUACCUUAAACGGAGCAAAAAACAUUCGGCAAUUGUACGAGCUUGCUAGCACGAAUUACUCGGGGAAAUACACAGUUCCGGUUCUUUGGGAUAAAAAGCAGAAAACGAUUGUGAACAACGAGAGUUCGGAGAUAAUCCGCAUGUUAAACACCGAAUUCAAUGACAUAGCAGAAAAUGCUUCGUUGGACCUUUAUCCUCCUCACUUGCAAGCCCAAAUCAAUGAAGUAAACGAUUGGAUAUAUGAUGCGAUUAACAACGGCGUUUAUAAAUGUGGGUUCGCCAAAAAACAAGAACCUUACGACGAGGCUGUAACAAAAUUGUACGAAGCUUUGGACAAAUGCGAAGAGAUACUCAGCAAGCAACGAUAUUUGUGUGGCGACACACUAACCGAGGCAGAUAUCCGCUUGUUUGUUACUCUCAUAAGAUUUGACGAGGUGUAUGCCGUUCAUUUCAAAUGCAACAAGCGUUUGCUGCGCGAGUAUCCUAAUAUCUUCAAUUACACAAAAGACAUAUUCCAAAUCCCGGGAGUUACCAGUACAGUUCACGUGGAGCACAUUAAGAAGCAUUACUAUGGAAGCCACCCAUCGAUUAAUCCUUUUGGGAUUAUUCCUCACGGCCCAAAUAUCGACUAUACUUCUCCGCACGACAGGGAUAGGUUUUCUAAGUAAAAUUAUGUGUGUACUGUCCAAGAAUGCUACUUGAACCUUUUUCUGUAUUUGCUGAAUAUCUCAUAAGUUGUUUGCCCUUUUUUUCCUCUUUUUUUGUUCUGUUAUGGAGAGUGCAACCUGUGAUGCUAAACUGGUGAUUGAAAUGAGAGGAGUGUUUGUUGUAUGUAUUGAUGUUUUUCAGUUGUGGUGAAGAAUGAUACUGUUAAUUGAAAUGAGCUUCCAAGAAAUAAGAAUUUUUAUAUAAUUUUUUAUA